CCAAGAUGGGAUGCUGAAGAAGCCCAGAGAGAGAGCAGAGCAUUGAAACAGGGACUUCCCUGAGCCUCCAUCAUCUACACAGAGAGAAAAAAACACUCACACACACAGCCUCCCACAUACACACACACACACACGCACUCUGUGCUGAGAGCUAGCAAGGGGCUUUAAACAGAUCACACUCAGUAGAGACAAAGGGACUGUAACUUGCCACAAUGGAGGAAAACAUGGAUGAAUCGCAAAGCCAGAAAGGUUGUAAAGAGUGCUGUGAGCGCUGUGUGGGCAGCCUGCCCUGGGCCUCGCUCAUCGCCACCAUUCUGCUCUACAUGGGGGUGGCCCUGUUCUGCGGCUGCGGCCACGAGGCUCUGAGCGGCACCGUCACGAUCCUGCAUAACUACUUUGAAGUAAUCCGAGCCCCGGGAGAAACUCUGGAUGUGUUUACCAUUAUUGACAUCCUGAAGUACAUCAUCUAUGGCCUUGCAGCUGGGUUCUUUGUGUUUGGAGUGCUGCUGCUGGUGGAGGGUUUCUUCACCACGGGGGCCAUCAGGGAUCUGUAUGGAGAGUUCAAGAUCUCUGCCUGCGGACGCUGCCUGACUGCAUUCCUGAUGUUCCUGGCAUACCUGUUCUUCCUGGUGUGGCUGGGGGUGACGGCCUUCACCAGCCUGCCGGUCUUCAUGUACUUCAACGUGUGGUCCAUGUGUCAGAACACAAGCCUGGUGGAGGGAGCCAACCUCUGCCUGGACCUGCGUCAGUUUGGAGCGGUGACCAUCUCUGAGGAGAGGAAGGUGUGUACAGGAUCUGAGAAGUUCUUCAAGAUGUGUGAAUCCAAUGAGCUGGACCUGACCUUCCAUCUGUUCGUGUGCACACUGGCAGGAGCAGGAGCCGCUGUCAUCGCCAUGGUCCACUUCCUGAUGGCUCUGGCUGCUAACUGGGGAUAUCUGAAGGACGCCAGCCGGAUUCAGAAGUAUGAGGACAUCAAGUCCAAAGAGGAGCAGGAGCUGCACGACAUCCACUCUACACGCUCCAAAGAACGCCUCAACGCGUACACAUAAACACACACCUAUGGAGAAACAACACACACACACACACACACACACACACACACACACACACACACACACACACACACACACACACACACAUGCCUAAACACACAAUACAUGAGUUAAAAUGCAAACAAUGCCAACAUGGAUUCAAAUAAUGAUUAGUAUGCAGAAACAUUAUGACUAGAAAGACACAAUGCAGUAUAUCAUUGGCUCAGUGAUCUAUGCUAACACUUUAGCAUCUGCUAUGUUGGUUUGCUCCAUUCUUUUCUUCACCCUGACGUUUGAGUGAAAGGCCUCACGAUGUACCUCAGAAAGCACUUCCCUCCUCAGAGGAGAGGAGAUUGCAUUCUGCUAAAUCUGAUUACAAGAUAGCUCAAUUAGAAAUGUUUCAAAAGGAAGUCUGGCUAUGAACUGUAAGGUCUUCGUGAUAUUUCUAUUAAGCCUACAUUUACCAAGGCCGGCCUAAGACUUUUGGGGCCUUAAGCGUGCAGUGCCCCUUCACACCCCAAUUCACCAAAGUAGCUGUGCAAUGUGGGAAUGUGCAGAACAAUCAACGGUAACUGGCCUAAAAUCACAUAAGGCAACCAAAAUAACCAUGAGAAGGCACUUCAACUUCUGCAAAAUAAAAGAAAGUACAGUGCAUGUUAAACAUCGCACAAGAACAUGCAAGAUAAUAGCAUUAAAAGAAAGAAAAACAAUGAGCAGAAGACCCCAAAGAGAUGUCAUUUACUCUGAUUGUGUGUUGCCUGAAGCAUCCAGUGUGCUGAUGUUUGGGCCAGCUGGGCUUUUCCUUUUUUCCUGAACGGUAGAAAGAACAUUUGUCUUUGUUUUACUGGCUGACCAUCCAUCACUAAGCGUAGCCAUAUAUUAAAUUAUAGCAUGGUGACCACCACAGCUGUCUGCAGAUCUGCUGAGAGAUGUUAGCAUGGCACACACAGUCAACAAUCUACAGAGCACACACACACACACACACACACACACACACACACACACACACACACACACACACACACACACACACACACACACACACACACAUAGAUGUGGCUGAGUGGUCGGUGUUGUAUGAUGGUGUCAUGCUGUGUCGUGUCGUAUCGCCACAUUAUGAUGACAGUAUUGCAGAGAAAUAUGGUGCCCAAGGAAAUGAGAACCUCCUGGGUACAAAUGGGUAACUUUGAUAACUGCCCCCUCUAACCCGACCCAUCCUCAAAUGGUGCCCGGUUUCAUUAGGGAUUCUUCUUCCACCCACUGGUAUGUCUCACAGGUGUGGGGUUACUGAAAUGAAAAAUAUUUUAUUGUGAUCAUAAUGAACGAUAUGUUGAUUGAGAAUAGUUUCAGAUGAAGAUGAAAAUGAUCCCAUGAUAUCGCUUUAUUCUACUCUAUAAGUCAUGUCGGGUUCCUUAAGCUCAUUGCGUUAAAGCUCUUAAGGUCAUGUCCAACAACUAGUGAAACGGGGGCUCUGUGUCCCCCCCUCCCCAGUUUGUGUAAACUGGUGAUGUGUCCUCAGAAACAGCACAUCUUAGCAGCACAAAGUAUUUUAAACAUGUGUAUGUCUGAUGAAUAAUGUUUUUCUCACUUUUUGGAAUGUUGCCACAUUUAUAUCAGUAUUAUUUAUGUGUAAUUUUUAACAUUGAGGGUAUUUUAACGGGGUAGGUGUGUGUGUGUGUGUGGGGGGGGGUUAUAUCACUUUCACAUUUUCAUGUAAUGAUUCAUAAUGAUAUAUCUAAGUGGUUCUGCACACGCACACAAAUACACACAAAACACAUGCACAUACAUAUGCACCAAAUAUCUUGAGUUUCUUUUGAUUUGAUUUUUACAUUUCCUUCAACAAGCCCUAAUGAGACCAAAAUGACCAAUCAAUUGUACGAUUGAUUUGAAAAAUCACUACUAAAUACUAAUAUUCAUCUGGUCUUUCGUGAGGUGAACAGCUGUGAGUUCUGGAAGGUGUGUUGGCAUCAGUGAAGCUGUGGAGGCACGUGCCUCUUAUUAAACGUUGUUAAGGAAUGCUCGGUUAGGAGUGGUAUCACUUGAGCUGUGGGAACACUGAUUCAUUCAGAAAAGGAGAAAAAGGAAAUCAAAGGUCUGGAAGUGCUGAAGGAAACAGGAGAAUGAGAUACAACUGAGGGGAAGUGGCUGCUGGGAUUGAUGAGGAGGAGGGUUGUUAUGGAGACCAGGAGGGAUGCGCUGAUGGUUCAGCACAGAUCUACACAGUGUUUGCCUUAAGGCUGUUCCUAGUUCAGAUCUCAAAGAUCUGCUUCUACACUAGAUGGUGACUAUUUUGAUCAGCAGAAGUACACCUGCAGGGUGAAACUCAAGUAACCACCUUAGAUGGGAACUUUAAACAAGGUUUAAAGAAAGAGAUACAUUUAUAUCAGCGUUCUGAUUCAGAUUAGGAUAUUUGAUUCCAAUGUACUUGCUGCUCCUUUUUGAGAGGCCAAUUAGACUUGAGUCAGAUCAUUGAGUGACAACUUUUACCUAUUCACUACAAACGUUUAACUAUAUGUUUUUUGUUGUUGUACAUAUGCAGUGUAUACAGCAAUUUAUAUUGAAAAUAAGAGUUCAUAACUAAAAUAGUGAUUGUGGAUGGUUAGUGUACAGGGCUAUUCUGUUUCUAUCAUAUGUGUAGUUAUAGAGCUGUAAGGAGUGAGGACUCUCUAUCUGCCAGUAGAGAUGACUGAGAACCAGUCUGUCUUCAGGAAGAUCACUGCACUGAUAUCACACACACACACACACACACACACACACACACACACACACACACACACACACACACACACACACACACUCUCUAACACAGUCAUUACUCUGAGCCGUAAUUCUUUGCUGUUUUACUUUUCAACUUCUCACCAAAAAAAUGUCACUACUUUAUUAUCAACUUUUAAUCUUCUGACUUUUUAAAUGUGCAAUCAUUUAAUUAGAAAAAAAAUAAUGUUCUUUUUCCUUUUUGUGGGGGCGGUAUUAAGCACUCAAGCUACAUUAAUUCUGUAAAAAUACAUAUAUGUGAAACAGUGGAGGUGAGCGGCUGGGAGAAUGACUCCUGAUGGGGGGGGUGUCUGUAGGAGGCGACUCAGUCCCAAUGUCCUGAGCCGAGCUCCCUGACAGCUGCUCUCACACACACAGCAAACACACACAGCCUUUGCAACAUGUGGUUAUCUACCAGAGACAUACUGUAGACUACUACAAGAUGGUUUUCACAUGGUAGUGGAUAUUCCGGCUGAUUUAAAGGUAGUACACAUUUAAAUAUCUAAAAGUAAUGGUAUAAUUGAAAACAAUCUGCAAUAAUGUAAAAUACACAAACUGUUCAUUUCAGUAAAGUGAGUAAGCUAUUUUAAAUAAAGUCUAUGUGACUAUUUGAUAUGAAGCAGGUAGAUCAGGUACGCUCCCACACUCUCUCCAGAGUGAUGGAUAUGACAUGCAAUAGCACAUGGUGUGUGAGUGUGUUUCGGUGUGUUGUGUAAAUGCAGAUUCAUUUGACCAAAUGACACCCGUUCCAUCAGUUUGUGUGUGUGUGGGGGGGGUCUAGUUUUACAGUAACAGUAUUCUAUAAUUUCAUAGCCUGACAAUGGAUGUCAUGUCAGUGUUUUUAAAUGAAAAAAGUAUUUGUGCACUUAUUGACCAUUGUGAGCUCUCUCUCUCUCUCUCUCUCUCUCUCUCUCUCUCUCUCUCUCUCUCUCUCUCUCUCCUCUCUCUCUCUCUCUCUCUCUCUCUCUCUCUCUCAUCGUUCUCUCUCUCUCGCUCUCUCUCUCUCGUCUCUCUCGUCUCUCUCGUCUCUCUCUCUCUCUCUCUCUCUCUCUCUCUCUGUUAUUCUUGGUGUGUAAGUGCAUUGAGGUCCUCUGAGGGAUCUGUGUAUAGUCUUGCAGCAUUGGUUAUAAUCUGAAGAAAUAACAAUAAUGAAAUAUUAUCAUAUUUAUGAAGAUAAUCUUAUGCUAGGUACAAAAAAAAAGACAGUGAAUCUUGUUGUUGUUUGUGGCAUGGUUAUGCAUUCAAUGGUCAUCAUUUCAAUUAUUAAAACAAUACAAAAAAAAUCA